AAUAAUAGGGCGUUGGAUGAUCGAACUGACCGUAUAUAAAGGACUGUCAGACCAACAGUGGUCAUCAGUCCAUCAACGGUCGUACACAUCGUUCGUCGAAACCCCUCAAGACAGCAACAAAACCGUCAAAUACAAAAUCAACAUGCAGUUCCAAAUUUCCUUUGCUUUGAUCGCUAUGAUCGUGUGCUUCGUCGCCGCAGCCGAAGAAGCCAAAUCAGCAUCCACCAAGUCCGUAAACAGCAAGUCCGCCACUGACCGAAGCAAGCGUGGUCUGUACGCUCCACUCGUCACCUCCCCGUACGCUCCGGCAUACGCAGCACCAUACGCAGCUCCGUACACCGCCCCUUACGCCGCCACUUACGCCGCCCCUUACGCCGCUCCUUAUGUGGCACCUUAUGCAGCACCGUACGCAGCCCCAUACGUAGCAUCCCCAUACGCAGUCGCUCCGUACACUUCUUCUUAUGUAUCUUCCUACGGAGCUUACCCAUACGGUUAUGCUUCGCCAUACGGUUUCUACUAAUCGACAACUUCGGUAUCGACAUUUUAUUCUUACUGUUAUAUACCUACAUUAUAUCAGGUAUAAACCGCAAUACAAACAACACAUAAAUAUAAUAAAAUAUAAUUUUGUAUUUGAAAAAAAAUUAAUAAACUUAUAUUAUGUUAAACAGACCAUUGUGCCUAACUAAUAGGUACUUAUUUUCUUGUAGUUAUAUUAUUAUGUAAAUAAAUACAUUUUAAAAAUCAUAAA